UUUAUUCUUAACUUAAGAUUCCAGUGAUCUAAAUCUCGAGUUUUCACCCGGAUUUCCCUGUGUUGCUACCCUGCAUUUUUUGGGUUCUACAUUUCUUUACUUGUUUUGGCGUUUUCUCCAAUUUUUUUAUUUUUUCUUAAUUUUUUUUUACUCUAAGAAGUUCUAAACUGGUAAAUGCGUACUGUUCUCUGGCUUUUCCUUAGUUUCUUCGUUUAUUCGGUGGGUGGAUUUUCUUUGAAAAGAAAAGGAGUUUUCGUGUAAUAGACUUUAUAGGGUGCAAAUUUUUCCACAUUUAGCUGGGCAUUUGGUUUUUGGAUUCUUUUUCACUCUUUGCUCUUUUGUGUCAGUCUUUUUGACCCCUUUACUGUGAAGCGGGUGCGUUUUUUGGUGCUUGUUUGUCGUUUAUGGAAUUAAAAUUCUUGAAAAAUCAAUAUAUUCUUGUAGGGUUUGGAUCAGGACGUUUCCCUUGGUGGACAUUGUGAUAUCGUUUCUGGGUCGGGCGUUUUAGGUAGGUUUGUGCCUCAUUGAAGCGGCUGAUGAUAGAUUGAUUUUUCUGUAAUGUCGAGGAUCACUAAAUGGAAGCUUGAGAAAACAAAAGUUAAAGUGGUCUUCCGUCUACAAUUUCAUGCUACACAUAUUCCACAAUCAGGAUGGGAUAAGCUUUUUAUAUCUUUCAUUCCUACUGAUUCUGGAAAAGCAACGGCAAAGACAACCAAAGCCAAUGUGAGAAAUGGGGCCUGUAAAUGGGCAGAUCCCAUCUAUGAGACAACCAGACUUCUCCAAGAUAAUAAAACCAAGCAAUAUGAUGAAAAACUCUAUAAGCUUGUUGUGGCAAUGGGUUCAACACGAUCUACUAUACUUGGUGAGGCUACCAUCAACCUUGCUGAUUAUACUGAUGCAUUAAAACCUUCUGUCAUUGCUCUGCCUCUUCAUGGGUGUGAUUCUGGCUCUAUUUUACAUGUCACUGUGCAGCUGCUUACUUCUAAAACUGGUUUCAGAGAGUUUGAGCAGCAGAGAGAAAGGGGAUUGCAGACUGACCACAAUAGUCCUGAUGAAUCUUCUGGCCGAAAAGUAUCAUCUUCAGAAAUCAGUGAUCAGAUAGACAAGGUAAAUACAAGAGUUAGAUUCAAAGAAAAAUCUAAAGAUCUUGCUUCACUUGAGGAAGAGGUGGGGCCAAAUGAAGAAUAUGCAGACUCGGCUGUUGGAUUUGAUGGCUCUUCCAAUACUUCAGAAAGCUUAUAUGCUGAGAAGCAUGAAACCUCCAGUACACACGAAAUUGAUAGCAUUAGAAGUACUGUCUCUGGUGAUUUAGCUGGACUUUCCCUCAGUCAAAGUCCUCAGCUGGAGAAGGGGGAUCCUUCUGAUCAUCGGUUUUCAGUGCAGGGGACCAAUGAUUGGGUUCAUGGCUGGAGUUCAGACUAUUCUGUCGACAAUGAUUUGGCGGCUGCUUAUGAAGAUAAUAUUAGGCUUAGAGGAAGCUUGGAAGUAGCUGAGUCAUCUAUUCAUGAGCUUAAAUUGGAGGUAAACUCGAUACAGAGUCAUGCUGAUAACAUAGGUCAUGAAGCACAGAAAUUUGCUAAGCAACUUGAUGCUGAGAUUGCUUCUGGAAAAGAGCUAUUAAAAGAGGUAUCUGUACUGAAAUCAGAGUGUUCAAAGUUGAAAGGUGAUCUUGAACAGCUAAAGGUUUCUAAAUUAUGCCCUCCAUUUAGCAGCAGAGAAGUUUUUGGGGCAGAACAGAACCGCUUAUUUCAAGAUUUACAGCUCAGAUGGCUAAAGGGGCUUUUAGCCAUGGAGGAUAAAAUAAGAGAAUUUCAGAAUAAGGAAUGCUUUGGCAAUGAUGAGAGAGACUUCAGAUUCCUUUCUUCAGAUAUAGAGGCAUUGCUUGGUAUCUUGCAGAAUCUCAAACAAGCAAGUGGACUAUCAGCUUCUAGUCUCAACUUGUUACCCUCAGAAGGAGCGAGCAUAAAGGAGAUUAGAGAAAUGAGUCUGCAUAAAAAUUGCCAGUUUGCAACAGGUGAAGGGUUUGAUGUGGACUUAUAUCAACCUGAGCUAGGCAUGCUUCAUUGUCUUAACAUACCUGGUCUGAUUUCUCAUGAAUCUGAUGCUGUAGAUACAAUUAAUGCAAUGAGAAGCAAGAUUUUUGAACUUCUGAGAGAGUUGGAUGAGUCAAAAGCAGAUCGGGAGAGUCUUGCAAAGAAAAUGGACCAGAUGGAGUGCUACUAUGAAGCCCUUGUCCAGGAACUUGAGGAAAAUCAGAGUCGGAUACUGCACGAGUUGCAAAAUAUCAGAAAUGAGCACUCGACUUGCUUGUAUACAGUUUCAUCCACUAAGGCUGAGAUGGAGUCCAUGCGCCAAGACCUGAAUGACCAGAUAGUAAGACUUGCCAAUGACAAAAGUGAUAUUGAUUCCCUCAACAAAGAGCUUGAAGGAAGGGCUGUAACUGCAGAAGCAGCACUCAAAAGGGCACGUUUGAACUAUUCAAUCGCUGUAGAUCAGUUACAGAAGGACCUUGAACUGCUUUCUCUCCAGGUUUUGUCCAUGUAUGAGACUAAUGAGAACCUCAUCAGGCAAGCCUUUGUAGAUUCUUCACAACCAAGCAUUCAAGAAUUUGAUUCAAGGGAAUAUGCUGCGAAACUCUUGCAAUUUCAAAAUCAAGCUGUUGGCAUAAGGAAACAACAGUUGGGUGGAGAUUCUCUAGAUGACUUGAAGAGAUCAUUGCACUUACAGGAAGGUCUUUAUCAGAAGGUUGAAGAAGAAGUUUUUGAAAUGCAUUUUGUUAACAUCUACUUGGAUGUGCUUUCAAGGGCUCUCCAGGAAACUUUGCUUGGUGCAAAUGAAGAUGUUAAGCUUAUGAAUGAGAAAGUAAAUGAGCUUAAGGAGCAGCUAGAGCUUUCAGCUGAGUCAAAGGUGUUACUGAUGCAAAAGCUGCAGAUUGCACUGGAUGAUGUUCACUCUCUCAAUGAUUACAAGGCUAAUUGCAUUGCUAAAUGUAAUGAUGUGACUCAACAAAACCGAAAUUUGGAGGUGAAUUUACAAAAUGUGACCUGUGAAAAUCAUUGUCUUGUGCAGAAGAUUACUGAAUGGGAAGCUCAGGUGAUGCAAUACAGAGGCUAUGAGAGCAAAUAUGAGGCCUGUUCUGCAGAGAAAGCAGAGUUGGUGUGCUUACUGGAAAAGAAAACCCUAGAAAAUGGGAUUCUUCAACAAGAAAACUUGUCUUUGCAGGAUGAGUUGAAAAUCGUCAAAAUUGAGUUUGGCGAGCAGGCUUCUCAGAAGGAAAACCUGCAGAAUCUGGUAGACUUUUUGCGAUGUAAAUUGCAGAACUUACUGGCGUCCUACAAAAACAAAAAUAUCAAUGGAUUGCCUCUCUUUUGUGAAUCUGACAGUCAGGAUUUGCAGUCCAGGGACUUAACUGGUGUUCUAAUGCAGUUGGAAGAGCUUCAGCACAAUGCAUGUGAAAGGAUUCUCCAACUUGUGGAAGAGAAGAAAUGUCUAAUGCAUGAAAUGGAUGUUGCGCAACUGUCAACUACUACAGCUGAAUCUGAGAUUGCAUUGAUGAAGCAAAAGUUUGAACAUGAAAUAAGGAGUAUGGUGGAUAAAUUAGAUGUGUCAAAUGCAUUGCUGCAGAAGCUUCAAUUAGAUAUUGAUAUUUUUGCUGACAGACUUGAGGUUAGCUCCGAAGUUGAAGAAAAAUGCACACAGCAGCACAAUGAGCUUUUCUCUGAUCUUGAUCAUAUGGAAGUUGCGCUUGAAGAACUUGCUUCUAUGAACAGAAAUCUUGCUCAUGAAAUCUCGGCAUUUGAGACUUUGACGGCAGCAGAACUCACCAAGGAAAACCAUGCUUUAAUGGCAUCUCUACAGGAAAAAAAUGAGGAAUGUACCAAUAUGGCAUCAGAACUGAAAAGCUUGAAAGAAAGUUUGCAAUCUCUGUAUGAUGAAAACCAGGCUUUAGUGGCAUCUUCAAGGGAUAAAACAGAGGAGUCUGUCUGGCUUGCUUCAGAGUUAAAAAAUAUAAGAGAGAGCUUGCAGUCUCUGCAUGAUGAAAACCAAGCUUUAAUGAUGUCUUUACGGGAUAAAACUGAGGAAUCUGUCAAACUCGCAUCAGAGCCUAACAGUUUGAAAGAAAGCUUGCAGUCGCUACAUGAUGAAAAUCAAGCUUUGGUGGCAUCUACACAGGAUAAAACCGAUGAAUCUUCCAAACUUGUAUCGGAGCUUAGUAGUUUGAAAGAAAGUUUGCAGUCGCUGCAUGAUGAGAAACAAACUUUGAUUGCAUCUUUACAAAAUAAAAUUAAGGAAUCUGCUAAUCUUGCAUUGGAGCUAAACCACUUGAAAGAAACUUUGCAAUCUCUGGAUGAUGAAAAACAAUCUUUGAUGGCUUCCUCACAAGAAAAAACCAAGGAAACUGCCAAGCUUACAUCAGAGCUGAACAGUUUGAAAGAGAAUUUGCAGACUCUGCAUGAUGAAAACCAAGUUUUGAUGGUGUGCUCAAGGGAAAAAUCUGAGGAAUCUUCCAAGCUUAAAUUGGAGUUAAACAGUUUGAAAGAAUGUCUUCAAUCUGUGCACAAUGAAAACCAAGAUCUGGUUGUGUCUUCGCAGGAUAAAACUAAUGAGUGUGUUCAGCUUGCAUCUGAGCUAAACAGACUGGGAGAGAGUUUGCGAUCUCUGUAUGAUCAGUUGCAAGAAGAAAGAAGGGUGAGAGAGAGUUUAGAGAUUAAAAUCACGAAUCAAACUUCCCAAUUAAAUGAGAAGGAAUUUCAGUUGCUCCAUCUCAAGAAAUUGGUGUCAGAUCUAGAAUUGGAGAAAUUGAGAGUUUGCAAUCUUUUGUCUCACUAUGAUGACAGCCUUAAAAGCAUUCGUGAAGAAUGUUGUUCUCUUUCUGGUCUUGAAACUGAGAUAUGUGAAGUGCAUGAACUAUUAAUAGCUGCAGAUGUCAAACUAAUUUUCACAAGAACUCAGUAUGAAGACAGGGUUGAAGAGCUGGUUUUGCAACUUUGCUCCUCAGAUAGGCAGGUUACAGAACUUCUGAAGAAGCAUAUUGAUCUAGAAACAACCCUAACUCACUGUCUUGCCAACGAAGCCCAAUACAUUGAAGAGAAUGCAAAUUUGUUGACAAGUCUCAACUCCAUUAGAUCUGAGAUCGAGGCAUCUAUUGCUGAAAAUAGUUUACUUCUUGAGGCAAACAGAGUUACGACAGCUGAGCUUGAGGAAUACAAGCAUUGGGCUCAUAAUGUUGUCCUUAGAGAUUUUGAGGGUAAAAGUCAGCAAUGCCAAGAUGUUGAAAGGCUCAAGCACACGAUGUUGAGUUUUGAAGAGGAGACUGACAAUCUGAUGUUCUCCAAGGAAGAAAUGGAAGUCCAAGUUCUAGUACUCAAAGCCAAGUUGGAUGAACAGCAAGCUCAUAUAAUUGCAAUGGAAGGAUAUGGUGAUGAACUAAUGAUGCUAAAGAAACAGUGUAAUGAGCUCGCCCAGAGGCUUGCGGAACAGAUUUUGAAGACAGAAGAGUUCAGAAACUUGUCUGUCCAUUUGAAGGAGCUUAAGGACAAGGCUGACGCUGAGUGUAUCCAGGCUCGUGAAAAAAGAGAACCUGAAGUACCACCAGUUGCCAUGCAAGAGUCCUUAAGAAUAGCAUUUAUCAAAGAGCAGUAUGAAACCAGGCUGCAGGAACUGAAACUACAACUUUCCAUCUCAAAAAAGCAUAGUGAAGAAAUGUUGUGGAAAUUGCAAGAUGCCAUUGAUGAAAUUGAAAACAGGAAGAAAUCUGAAGCUUGUCAUCUGAAGAAAAAUGAAGAACUGGGAAUGGAGAUCUUGAAAUUGGAGUCUGAAUUACAAUCAGUGCUUUCUGACAAGUGUGAAAGAAUGAACGCUUAUGAUCUGAUGAAAGCUGAGAUGGAAUGUUCAUUAAUAAGCCUAGAGUGCUGCAAAGAAGAAAAGCAAAAGCUUGAGGUGUGUUUGCAAGAAUGCAACAAGGAAAAGUCUAAACUUGCGGUUGAACUUGCUCAGAUGAAAGAAUUGCUAGAGAAUUCAAAAUUGGCUGUGAAUAUUCAGGAGGGAGGAAAUGAUGGAUCCUGCAAGGGGGAUUGCAUGUCUUCUGAUGAGUCAGUUUUCAGAAAUGUUUACCAGGAAGAUCCCAUUGCUGAUGCUUCAAGCUUUGGAAGAAAGAGUGUAGAUGCAGCUCCUACAAGCGGUCCAACUAGAGACUCAGCUCUCAAGUGCUUGGAACAAGAUAGUUCCAAGAAUUGUGGUGAAGCUGAAAAUACAUGCCCAGCUCCCAUUAACACAGUUGGCCAAACAAACACACUCGUGAAUAUGCAACUUGAUCAGGACGUUCUUGUAUCUAGUGGUGUGAAUGGAAUUCAAAGCCCCAUACUCCUAAAUCAAGAGAAGUUGCUGCACAGUGACAUGAAGCAUUUAGCUCUUAUCAAUGAACAUUUCAGAGCCGAAAGUUUAAAGUCUAGCAUGGACCACUUGAGUAAUGAGUUGAAGAGGAUGAAAAACGAGAAUUCACUUCUGCAAGAUAAUCAUGGUUUUCACCAGAAAUUUCCUACUUUACAAAGAGAAUUUAUGCAGUUAGAAAAGGCCAAUGAAGAACUAGGAAGCAUGUUCCCUUUGUUUAAUGAAUUUUCAGGGACUGGCAAUGCGUUAGAAAGGGUGCUUGCAUUAGAAAUUGAGCUUGCAGAAGCUCUGCAGGCAAAGAAGCAAUCAAGCAUCCAUUUUCAGAGUUCUUUCUUGAAACAACACAGUGAUGAGGAAGCAGUAUUCAAAAGCUUUAGAGAUAUCAAUGAGCUGAUUAAAGACAUGCUGGAACUGAAGGGAAGGUAUACGGCUGUGGAGAGUGAACUAAAAGAGAUGCAUGACCGCUACUCUCAGCUAAGCCUUCAAUUUGCGGAGGUUGAAGGGGAGAGACAGAAACUCAUGAUGACUCUUAAGAAUGUUCGGGCGUCCAAGAAGGCCCUACACUUAAAUCGGUCGUCAUCAGCUUCAGUUGGGGACCAUUCCUUGUAGCCAUUUUGACAAGCCUUUGCUAGUGUCUUGUUUGCAAAAUCUCUGGACUCCCUUCUACUGAGUACGAAGUUGAACAUCUUGCCUUGCCACAGCAAUUUGAUUACGUAGACUGCUUGGCUGCUACUCAUGGAGUACCUGGUCAUUCCAAAUGCAAUUUUCAAAUAUUUAUAAGCCUGGUAAGGAUGUCACAAGCUUAGAAGUGUAAAUAAAACUGUAUUUACUGGGUAUUGUCCCGCCGUUGCUACUAUCACAAGGUAUAGAUCCCUGUAACAGUAUGACAAUUUGGUAGCAAUGUUGUAAUUAUAUUAUUGUAUAGUAAAUCAAAUUCGUUGAAAAAUCAAUUUUGUUUAAUAACAGCAACAAGCGAGAAAAACACAGUUCCUUAA